CCCGAAGACUGCACUCCUACUUGUGGAAAAGAUGAAGUCUACAAUGAUUGUAUACAAGGGUACUGCCAACCUAAGAAUUGUUCGGAAAUAGGGAAACCCGUUGCUUGCCCAAGAAUAGAUCCCAAGAAAUGCAUCAAAGGGUGCUUGUGUAAAGAAAACUACGUCAGAGCUGAUAAUGGAACGUGUAUACCAAAAACCGACUGUCCAUCCUGCGGUGGAGACAACAACGCUCGUUCCGGCUGCGGCGUGAACUGUAACAAACGGUGUAGCGAUAUCGGAAAAGAGCCAGGAGCAUGUAUUGCAAUUUGCUAUGACAAUGCUUGCGAUUGCAAAGAAGGAUUUUACCUAAACGAGAAUACAGGAAAAUGCGUAAAACCAAACCAGUGCCCUUCAAUAUGCGGUCCCGAUGAAGUGUAUUCCGAUUGUACAAACGGCGGUUGUAAUGCGAAAAACUGUACACAAUUAGGCAGACCCGUACCUUGCGUUAAGAUUAAUCCUAAGAAUUGCAAGAAAGGUUGCAUUUGUAAAGAGGGAUACUUACGCGACGAAAACGGCUUAUGUGUUCCUGAACAAUCUUGUCCUCGUGCGUAUAUGUUGUUGCUUAUCGCUCAUUCAUCAUCAUCAUCAUCAGUCCACAGUCGUCCACUGCUGGACAUAAGCCUGUCCCAAAUUACACCACUGAGCCCGGUCUUCGACUCUCCUCAUCCACCCUCUUACAUCCAUCCAACCACCAAUCGAUUUUCAUCUUAA